AUAUUUCUUUAACUCACACUCUUCACCAUAUUUCUUUUACUUACAUAUUCAUACUUAAAUAAAAUGUUCUUCCUCCAUUCUCUUCACCAACCCCAAACUCCUUAUCCUCACUCCCAUUCACCAAACCCUCUCACCCCUAACCGUGACCCUAACAGAAACGGUUACAUCAAGUUCCGAACAACUCACCGUGACAAUCUCCGUUACCUAAAAUCCCUAACCAUAAUCCACCCCAACACCAAACCCAACAACCUCCCCCACCCCGACGCCGUCCACCACAUCCUCGCCACCGUCACCUUCCUCAAAUCACAUUCCUUCUCCGACGAAGACAUCCCCCGUCUCGUCCACCACUCUCCCAAACUCUUCUCCACCUCCUUCAACCCCACAGACCUCUCCCCCGUCUUCACCUUCCUCUCCAACGACCUUCUCGCCACCGCGGAAGAAUCCCGCGGCCUCAUCCUCCGUUGUCCCAACCUCCUCUUCACCGAUCCCAACCACUUUCUCAAACCAACACUCCACUUCCUAAACGAAAUCGGAAUCCGCGGAUUAAACCGGCCGACGAACCGGAACGCGCAUCUGUUGAACACGCGCGUGGAGAAGCUGCGGCUGAGAGUGCAAUUCAUGGAGGAGGUGGUGGGGUUUACUCACGACGAAGCGGUUAACGCGUGUGCGAGGCUGCCGGCGAUAUUGGGAUAUGAUUUGGAGAAUAAUUUGUGGCCGAAGUUUGUGUAUUUGGUGAAAGAGAUGGAGAGGGAUUUGGAGGAGUUGAAAAAGUUUCCUCAGUAUUUUGGGUUUAGUUUGGAGAAGAGGAUUGUUCCGAGGCAUUUGCAUUUGAAGGAAAGAGGUGUUAGGAUUCCUUUGAAUAGAAUGUUGAUGUGGGGGGAUGAAAAAUUUUAUGCCAAGUGGAAGUGAAGUGAAUUAGCAUCAUCAUUUGAACUUGAAUUAUCUAAAGAAAGUUGGAAAGUAGAAUUUUGCACUUAUAGUAUGCUCACAUAAGUUUGACACUAAUACAGUAGAUAAUUUGACUUUUCA